AUGGGAUAUUGCACAUUCGAGGAGCCUAUAUGUGAUUGGUUCAAUGUUGAAUACGACGAUUUUGAUUGGACUUUACUUACCGGUAGUACACCAAGCAGUGGUACAGGGCCGGUCAAUGACCAUACACUUGGUACCCCACUAGGUCAUUACAUUUAUAUAGAAUCAACCAACUCUCACAGUGACUACCAGGCGAUAUAUGAGUCGGUUGGCUUCCCUCCAAAAAUCGAUGGAUGUUUCUCGUUUUGGUAUCACAUGUAUGGGAAGGAACUAGGAAAUCUAAAUGUUUAUACGGAAGAGUUGUCAUCUGGCAAACGAGAUCUCAUUUGGAGUAAGGAAGGGGAUCAAGGAACAGCUUGGAUACCAGCGAAGGUUGAUACAUCUGUGGGUGUCUAUCACAAGAUAUUCUUCCAAGCGAUCGACCAUUCUAACCAAGGAAGCUAUACUGGCGAUAUUGCCCUGGAUGAUUUAGAAUAUUUGGAUCAUGACUGUAAAUAUGUCCCACCCCCUACCACCCCUCCUACCAUACCAUCAGUUACUAUUACACCCCUCCCGUGGGAUUGCACCUUCGAAGGGGGUACAACAUGUACCUGGACCCAAGGAACUAACGAUGAUUUUGAUUGGACUAUUCAAAAUGGUAGCACACCGACUAUUGGAUCAGGCCCUUCGGCCGAUCACACAACUCAAACUCCAUACGGUAAAUAUGCAUUGAUUGAUGCCAUGUCAGGCAAUGCAGAAGAUGUAGCUCGUCUGUACAGUGAUGACCUACCAGUAGGAACUCAAAUGUGUCUUACAUUCUGGUAUCAUAUGUACGGCGCACAUGUUGGAUCACUAAAUGUUGGCUAUGGAAACACUGAUGGAAACGAAGAGGGAACAGUGAUUUGGACGAAAUCGGGAACACAGGGUUACGACUGGAAUCUGGGACGAGUGGCCAUCAUUGCCAGAGAAACAAACCCAAAGGUUUAUAUAGAGGGAGUAUCAGCCGCUGGUUACCAUGGUGACAUUGCAAUCGAUGACAUCAUCAUGGUCUAUGGAUCUUGUCCGGCUUUGUUAUUCUGUGACUUCCAACCCGACGAUGCGUGCGGAUUUAUCAAUUCGGAUACUGAUGAACUGGACUGGACUAGAGACCGUGGUUUAACAUCAGUUUCCACUGGACCUCAGCUUGACCAUACAUACGGAACGGCAGAAGGGUAUUAUAUGCGAAUAAAGACCGGACAGCGCACUAGAAUAAAUGAUAUGGGAAGACUGUGGACCCCUGAGUAUCCAGCACCACUGAGCGGAUUCAGAUGCGCUGAAUUCUGGUUCGUUAUGAGUGAUGUGUUUGGUGAAUUUUCCCUCGAAGCUGUGUAUCUGGAUGAGAAUAAUUACAUUAUACCAAGUGGAAUAAAAGGAAUAUACUCGGAUCCAACGACUGGUUUUUGGCGUAGAGCAUCAUUGGAGGUCCCUUCUGAUCGUAGAAAUAUGUUUGCGUUUACCUUGAUCGUCCAAGAUGAAAUCUCAGGAGCCUUUGUGGCUAUAGAUGACUUCAAUGCAAGGAACAGUCAAUGUGGCAGUCAGCUAGGUUCGUGUGAUUUCGAAGUGGAUACAUGUGACUGGACGAACACACAGAUGGGUGAUGAGUCAGACUGGCGAAGGUAUAGCGGUUCGACGGACAAUCCUGAAAGUGGUCCAGACUUUGACCAUACCACCGGCACACCUUCAGGGUGGUAUAUGUACAUGAGUGCCUUCUUUGGCGGCCUAGGAACCAGAGCUAGACUAGAGUCUGCAAGCCUCUAUCCCCCAGAAGACUUUGUCUGCUUCAGUCUCUGGUAUCAUAUGGCAUGCCAAGGUGACAGCAAGAAUACACUAACGGUGGCCUGGGAAACACCAGCUUUAACCCACGUGGUAUGGUCUUUUACUGGAGUAUCAGAAGAUGAAUGGAAUUAUAGGCAAAUCAGCUUCGUGGUUACUGAAGAAUAUAGGAUGAUGAUCGAAGGACUACUAACCGGAACAGAAUUCUGUGACAUUGCUAUCGAUGACCUGUAUCUAUUCAAUGGUGCCUGUAGUGCUGAUACUACCCCUCCACCACCAUUCACCUGCUUAACAGGAGAUGAGAUGGUAGAUGCAAGUAAGGUCUGUGACAUGAGAUCGGAUUGUACUGACGGGUCUGAUGAAGCAAAUUGCGGAAUAUGUACAUUCGAGGAGGAUCAAUGCGGAUAUACUAGUGAUCCUGCAGGCAUGUUUCCGUGGAUAAGGCAAGGGGGCGGAGUCUCCACAACACCUCCCCCCACCCUCUUUCUUCCUCCUGCAGACUUCGACGGCCCUAGUGGAACAUACAUGAUUGUGGAUAACACUGCGAUUCCUGUUGUGGGCGGAGCCUAUCCCAGGCUCCUUAGUCCCUGGAUACAGGAGGCGGGGUCUAGCUGCGUCAUGCAGUUCUCGUACUACCUUUCGUCAAACGACUAUAUCGCCGUAUCGUACACGACCUCACCCAUUGAGGAUACCAUCAUGUAUCGGACUUCUAUGAGGGGAUACUGGCAUCAAGGAAUAUUUAAUGUUGGCAGAAUCAUGAACCCCUUCCAGAUUAACAUAAUCGGUUUACCUGGAGUGGGCGGACUAGGUAGUAUCAUAGCAGUCAGCGAUGUUCUUCUGUCCAACUGUGGAUUCCGUGAAGCCGAGGAAUCCUGUGGAGUUGGUGAAUUCACCUGUACGAACAGGGCGUGUGUCGACAUGGACCGAGUCUGUAACUUUGCUGAUGACUGCGGUGAUUACUCGGACGAAAUGCAUUGUGAUGAUGAGAAGUAUACAGCUAGAUGUGACUUCCAGUCCAAUCUAUGUUCCUACACGCACUUACCUGGGGAUUAUCUGUGGAUCAGAACGUCAGGAGCAACCACGGUCGACAAGCAGUACGCCCCCACACGAGAUCAUUCGUCCAACUCCGCAGGGGGUCAUUACCUUCUCGCGGAUGCAUUGGGAUCAUCACCGGGUGAUGUUGCUCGCAUGGCGUCACCGACUUUCAUUCGCACAGGGCUCACAUCCACUUGUAAGAUUCGUUUCUUCUUCUUUGGUAACGGACCUGACACUGGGAUUAUCAACAUCUACACUCGGUCGUCAGAUGGUGGACCUCUUGAACGUCUGGACACGCUCUCUAAUUUUGCUACCGACAGUUUUACUUAUUACGACGAGGAUUUGGCCAUUUUAGAUGAUUUCCAGGUUGUAAUCGAAGCGGUAGCUGGCAGCGGCCGUAACGGAGCCAUUGCUAUAGAUGAUAUCAGCUUCAUAAACUGUCAGCUUUCGAAUAAUCCACUUCCGGGUGGGAGCACACCAGCCCCGCCCACCACUCCCACCCCUUGCCCUAUACCCUCCGACUACCAAUGCGGUGAUGGUCAGUGUAUCCCCCAGGAUCAAGUCUGUGAUUUCAUCGUGCAAUGUAGCAAUGGACGAGAUGAGCAAAAUUGCGGUGCUUGUGAGUUUGAUGAUUUGCAGACGUGUGGGUCCGAAAACUUUGGGUGGCGUUUAAGAGAAGCUGGUUCCGACAUUGAUUAUCUUCCGACUGAUCACUUCAAUAACGCUUCAGAUCCGGGUUUUUAUCUCGAGAGCAUCUACGGCUACAACACGUUAACAACCCCUCUGAUUGGUCCCCCUGGGUCUGCAUGCCAGGUUCAGUUCUAUUACUAUAUGAGCGAUGCAACAAGUCAAUUAGAACUGCGGUUACGCGUAGAAGAUGGACCCCAACUCUUUGUGGUGAGGGGUACGGAGAAUCCUGGUACGUGGGAGUAUGGAGUUGCCUUUGUUGGAGAGUUCGAUGAAAAAAUUAAGGUACUGGUUUGUGCUUCCUCUUUUCUUUAUUAG